CGGCUGUGACCAGCAUGGGCUGCCUAAUCUGAACCCUCCUAAACUUCAAAGACGUACCUGCAUUUGCUGAGUUUUGCUUGUCUGAAUUCUGAAACAGUUUGUCUGAACUCUGAACAGAUGGCAACAACUCCUGCAAGAGGAGGAGAGGGGGAAAAAAAUAUCAUUUUGAUUGAUUGGCGAGAGUAGGAAGAUUCAGCUCACCAACCUGACCCAACCUGCAUUGCUGUCCCGCCAUCUUCCUCAGAUUAUCACCUAUAAAAAGUGACGCAGAUCGAGCACAAAAGCACAUAUUUUUAUUGUUCAAAGUUUCAGACAGCACAGGGGCAUCUAGCAGUACACGAGAGUUUGUUUGUUUGUUCGUUUGUUCAUCGGUGUCAGGAAUGGCUGCGAGGUUGGCGUGGAUCGGCGUGGCGGUGGCGGUGGCGGUGCUCGCCGGUGGCGCGUCGGCGCAGACGACGCCGCCGUCGUCGAGCGCGUGCACGCAGACGCUGCUGAGCAUGUCGCCGUGCCUCAACUACCUGACGGGGAACGAGACGACGCCGUCGGCGUCGUGCUGCUCGAAGCUGGGCGACGUGGUGAAGGCGCAGCCGGAGUGCCUCUGCGUCGCGCUCAACGCCGACCCGGCGGCGCUCGGACUCAGCAUCAACCGCACCCGCGCGCUCGGCCUCCCCGACGCGUGCAAGGUCCAGACGCCGCCGGUCAGCAACUGCAAGAGUGGCGCCGCUCCUCCGGCGGGACAGACGCCGACCCCGGCCGGGACAGGCUCCAAGGCGACGCCGGUGACGCCCGUGGGAUCCGGUGUCGUGCCGCUCCGCGUCUCGCCCGCUGGCCUCCUCGCCGGACUCGUCGUCGCGGCCGUCUACGCCGUCUCCGCCGUGUGAUCUGUCUCGCUCCGGUUCGACGACGACGACGACCUCAUCACUGUCGAUCUUGAUCAGUGCGUGCGUUUGAGGAUUUCGAUCAGCUGGAUGUGGGAACGCACGCCGCACGCACGCGUGGUUUUAGGGAUUUAGGAAUUUGAGAGAUUGUUCUUCCAUUGCUUCAUGCUGCUGCUGCUGCCAUGGCAGAGAGGAGCUCGUUUGAUUUAUCUUAUCCGCGAUUGAUUCAUCACUCCAUUAUAAAUAAAAAAAACACUGUCCAUUUCCUUGUAAAUUUCAGAUUUAAUUUUGUUCAUGUGGUUUCUCCUCCCGACCAGACUGCGACCUAACCUGUCACUUGUACCAACCAUGAUGGAAAACUAAGGCCUAGAAAAAAAGAGAGUAGUGAAGUCUUAAAAGAUUGGAUUUCUUUAUAAUCCAUUCAUCCA